GAUGUCACUUGAUGUAAAUGUACAAUCACAGAAAUAAGCAUGGCUAACCUGUUCUCUAAUAAACAAUAACAUUGGCAGUUAUUUUUGUUGAUAAUUAAUGAAUAUCAAUCAAGUAUUUAAAAAUGUGAUUAUCAAGUGCUGUGUCUUAUUAAUUGGAAUUAAUUUUUAGAAAUUAUGUUUUGGAACUGUAGUGUUUGGAGUUGUCAGUCUGAUCUGUCAACACAAAUUGACGGUCGGCAGAUAAAAUUUUAUCCAUAUCCAAAAGAUAAAAGCUUACAGGACCAUUGGAAGAAUGUUUGUAAGAAAGUUUCGCACGUUAAAGAUAACAAUUUCUUUCGAUUAUGUGAAUUGCAUUUUGAAAAACGAUAUAUUACAAGGGAUUUGAGAUUAAAGCCCAGAGCGAUUCCGACUAUUUUUGAUCUUCCAAAUAAGAGAAAGUUUCAACAAACUCCACAAUCUGGUAAACGUAAAUCUAAAGGUCCGCCAACUAAAAAAAUCAAAGAAGAACCAAAUUCUUCUUUAGAAGUGAAUCAAGAUUCUUCAUUGCUUGAUAAAAAGGACAAAAAGAAAUCUCAAAAGUCGUCAAUGAUCACUCCGACUGUAAAUAAUUUGCGAAAAACAUCAAUAGACUCAAAGAAAAUUGUUCGUUAUCGAUUGGUAAUUGAUAUUGAAAAAAUCCAGUCAACUGUACAAAAGAAUGGCGAAAAUAUAAAUGAAAAUCAGAAAAGUGUCGUGAAACAUUUUAGUGAUGCAAGUGAAAAGAGAAAAAGAAAAGAGGAAAAAGAAGAAGAAGAAGAAAAAAAAAAAGAAGCAGAACAAGCAGAUCAAGAAGAAGGCAAAGAGGAAAAAAUAAUAGAUAAAAUUGAAAUAGAAGACGAAGAAAAUUUCGAAUACUUUGAUUUUGUACCUGAAACGAAUCGGCAUACACAAGAAAAUUCAAAUGACUAUCAAAAGGAGGAAAAACAGGACGAAAAUUUAAGGUUUUUGGGUCAAAAUUCAAAAAACGAAUCAUAUCAAAAUAGUUUACAAUCUUCAGAUUCUUCUCUCGAUGAAGAGGAUUAUGAAGCGGAGUAUUUAAAAUUUUCUGACGACGAAGACAAAUUAAAACCCUCAAAUGCCUCUUAUCGAAAAGAAGAAUAUUUAGUAUUUUCCAACCAAAGUGAGACAGAAGAGAUUGUAGGAGAGAUUAAUGAGGAUAGAUUGCAAACUUCUUUACACAAAGACGCUGAAGAAGAAUUUAUGAUAAUUUCUGAUGAUGACGAGACAAUUGAAACGAAUCAAAAGAAAUUGCAAACUACUCCCCAACAAGAAGAUAGAAAAAAAUAUUUUUUUUCCAAUUCCAAUAAACAUUUUCUGCAAAAUUCAAAUCAAGAAGACCACCGAGAAAAAAUAAACAAACACGACGAUGAAGAAGAAGAAGAAGAAGAAGAAAUGGAAGCAGAGUAUUUAAUAUAUUCCGAUAAUUCUGAAACGAAUGAAAAUAUUACAGAACCACGGAAUAAUUCUCAAGAAAUAAAAUCCAGUGAUCUUCCAACAAAUUCCACGGAUAAACGUUGCAAAAAAGGAUGCGCAUUGAAAAAAGAAACAUGCGAUAAAAAUACCCAAUUCCGUUGUAUAAAUUGCAAUAAUAUCUAUAACGUGACAAAUAAAUCCAAUCAGGAAAUAUCCAAUUCAAUUUAUUGUUUAGACAAGGAAAUAGAAUUUAUCCCUCACUCAACAAAAUUAAUUCUCUCAGAAUCGAAAGUAUCAAUGAAACUACUUGCGGAACAUUUGAUAUUUACAAAUAAUGGAAAUAUUCAACCUUGCGGUGGUAAUUGUGAAUUGACAAGAAUAAUUUACGAUAAUUCACAAAAUUAUAAAUGCGAAAAAUGUGGUAAUAUUUAUCGAAAUUCGAUACAAAGUGUUGUACAAUUACCAUAUUCAGACGACGAGUCGGUUAUUAAAUUUAACGAUAUUUACCCAGAUAUCGAUGACUGUGAUGAUUCUGAAGACGACGAUGUCUCGUCAAAUUUUUGGGAUGACGAUUCUGCAUCAGAUGCUGUUGAUGUUAGUAAAGAAGAUUUAUCAGAAACGGAACCAUUGAAAGAAAAGAAAAAAAAUCAUCUAAAUGACAAAAAUAUUACAAAAAAAACUGAAUGUAAAAAUGGUUGUCAAUUCACAAAAAUAACUUUGAAUGGUGGUACAAUUAUCAAGUGUAUCAAGUGCAAGAGAAAUUACGAAUUGGAGGAGAAAAAUAAAUUGGAAAUAAACUUAUUAAAAAUAUCCGACGAGGUGUUGCAGAAGUAUGAAGAUAAACUAUCAAAAGAGGAAAAUAAUGACGAGAAAAAAAUAGGAAAGACUAAGAAAAGAGCGAAAGAUUUACUUAAAGCUCUACAGGAUAAGACGAAAAAUGUUAACGAUAUGAUGAGAGUAUUAAAAAAUUCGAAAAAAGUCUCUAAUUUAUUGCAAAUGCAAAAGGAAAAAAUCAGGAAAACUGCAAAUUUGAGUAGUAAAUUGAAAAAUAAACAGGAUUUAUCAAACGUGGGAAAUAAAUCGAAAGAAAUAAAAAAUUUGUUGCGAACAUCAAAUAGUCAGAAGGAAAAGAAAACAGAAGUGCCAAAGAAUGAAUUAAAGAAGAAAAUAGAUGGGAAAUUGGAGAAAAUUGAGAAGAAGGAAGAGGCGAAGACUAUUGAGAAAAAAGUGGAGAAUCAAAUAAAAAUUACGAAUAGUAUUUGUCUGGUGAAUGAAAUAAUUGAUUUGGAAGAGGAAAAUGUAGAAAAUUACCCUUGUGAUAUUUGCGAUUUACCAUUUGAAACUAGGGAUUUGGUGAAAGAUCAUAUUUUCACGAUGCAUGGCAUUAAACCUGAAGUGCUUUGGGCUCCUUUUGAAACUCCUGAUUGUAAAUCAAUUUCCAUCGAAAACCAAUCGAGGAAUAUGGAUCCACCACAGGAGACAUUGGAAAAUUCAUUAUCACCAAAAGUCGAGGAGGAAAAAUUGGAAAAAUUUCCCUGUAACAAUUGUGAAUUGAAAUUUUCCACAAUGGACGAAAUUAAUGUGCACAAAGAGAUUCAUUUGGAAAUGCCAGUGAAGGAAAUGAAGUGUAAUAUUUGUGAAGAAAUUUUUAUAGACAAUAACUUAUUUCGAGUUCAUUUACGUGAACACAUUGCACACUCAUAAAUGCCAACAAUAUUCUAAAGCAUUUAUCGAUUAAUUAUUAUUACAAACUCAAUGCAAUGUCAUGAAGUUUACUACAUUAUUCAACAUUAAAUUAAUUCCAAAUUUAAA